CUGCGACUUUAUCGGAUUAUUCUAAUUGCUGCUGUUUUAGGGUUUGUUUAUGCUGAUAAACAAUGAAAUUAGCUUAUAAGUAUCUAAUUAGACUCAUUACACUAUGCACUGAUAAGUUGUCAACGUGUAAUACGUAACUACCUAUACGAUCAGUAUGCCGACGUUCCUGACGCCGGGCCGGCACGGGUACGCCGUCCGGUUCUCCCGGACACGGCCGGACGCGCUUGCGGUGGCGACUAGUCAAUAUUACGGGCUGGCUGGCGGAGGCACCCUUUUCUUUUUGGAACUUGCUCCUGACGGGGCUACGAUAGUAGAAGUACAGAAAUUGGAAUGGAACGACGGACUAUUUGAUGUGACAUGGUCCGGCACGACAGACGGGGCGGCGGCGUGCGGGGCGGGGGACGGGGCCGUGCUGGUGUUCCGCGCGGGCUGCGCGGCGCCCUUACGGGUGCUGCGCGCGCAUACUAGCGAGGUGUGCUCAGUAGACUGGCCUAGGGCGCAUCUACUUAGUGCUAGCUGGGAUACUACUGUUAAACUGUGGGACCCCGAAUCCGAGACGUGCAUAAGCACGUUCUCCGGCCACUCUGCGCUGGUGUACACGGCCACCUUUUCGCCCCAUUCGCCAGCCACUUUCGCCUCUGUGUCUGGAGAUGGCCACCUCAAGUUAUGGUCAUGUACCGACCCUUCUCCGAAAGCUGUUGUUAAGGCGCAUGAUGCCGAGGUGUUGUCGUGCGAUUGGAGCAGGAUAGAGACACACGCCAUCGCUACCGCGGGGUCCGAUGGACUGGUCAGAGGCUGGGAUCUUAGGAGGCUCACGUCACCCAUGUUCACCUUAAAAGGAUGCGAGUGUGCAGUGAGAAGAGUGCAGUUCUCCCCACACGCGCCGUCCGUCAUAGCGGGGGUGUCAUACGACUUCACCACGAGGAUAUGGGAUCUAACGAGAGGCUGUGACCCCUUAGAAACGAUCCGGCACCACUCGGAGUUUACUUACGGACUGGAUUGGAGUUCGCUGCGGCCGCACCAAAUAGCCGAUUGCGGGUGGGAUUCACUUGUGCACGUAUUUACGCCACGGUGUCUAAAGUGAGAUGAAAUGGACUAGUCAAUAAAAGGAAACAUCUUGCUUGGAGGUGUACAAAUGUAUGCCAAGACAACGGCUCAAAGCUGAUGGUAAACGGACACCGUAGCAUACGAAUGCCUGCAACUACAGCGCAGCAGCGGCAGCAGUCACAUAGGUCAGGAAAUGAAUGCUCAAAAAAAGUUGUAGAGGGAAAUGCUUGGAACACAAUUUUGCUGUCAUUCACGAUCCACAUUCCACAGAUAAAACACAGAUGACACGCGAUUUUGGAAUUAUUCGAAAGCAGUGUUGCUAACCCGCAAUUUUUCCUAAAGCCUGACCAGGAAUAUAUGAUCAUUGUCAAGAGGGCGCUAUUAUUCUCAUUUAUAUGGCAACAGUUCAGAAUAGUCUGAACAAUGUGGAUUGGCAACUCGUUAUUUUGACUUACAUUCUUUUAUUCACUCUAAUCAUAAUCAGAAUCCAAAUAUUCGGUGUUCACAUUUUUUUAUUGUCGGUUUUUACCGUAUAAAAUUCAUGUAUUUUCUUACGCGUCACACAUAGGUCAAAAUUACCUUACAUAGGGUCUGCUACAUUGUCAAUGAACAAAAUUGAUCGUCUUCAAAGCCCAUAGCAAAGAGAAUAGAGUGUAUAAAGAGUUAUUGUCUUAGUAAAUUACAAUGUAGUCACUGUAAAUUUAAUACCAUCUAUCGACACAAGAUUAAAACUAAAAAUUAAAAUGUAUGUUAUAUAUAUCUUUGCCCAUAGUAAAUAUUUUUCAAACACAUCUUUGUUACUGUACUUAAGUAUUUCCUCGCUUGUAUAAUAUGACACUACAAUAACCAAGUCGUAAUAACCAGACUAUAAUGACAUUUUGAUUUGUUUACCUGUCAGCUCUGAUGUUAAUUUGGAAAUGUUUCGUAGCGAAAUAGUAUAAUUUCCCGAACGGUUCUUUCCCAGCAGGUUAUUAUUUACAUUAUUUACAAUGUUUCGCUCUUGAUUAUGUAUAGUUUUGGUAAUUUAUUGUCAUUUAUUAUUUAAUAUUCAACACUUAAGUAUUAUUCAAUAAACCGCCACAAUGACACUGACAAUAGUGACAACCUAUCAUUAAAAUUAUUGCCAGUGUAAGAAAUUAGUUCCAAUGAAAUUCUGCA